CCCUCCCCGCGCCGCCGCCGCCACCCUCUCUGCCCGCCAACAGCAUCCAGCCAUGGCGACCGAGCUGGCGUACGCCCCGCCGAUGAAGGCCGGCAAGGAGGGGUUCCAGGGGACGCAGGAGGCGCAGCACAGGAUCCGCAUCACCCUCUCCUCCAAGAGCGUCAAGAACCUCGAGAAGGUUUGCUCCGAUCUUGUCAAGGGAGCCAAGGACAAGAGCCUCAGGGUCAAGGGCCCCGUCAGGAUGCCCACCAAGGUGCUCAACAUCACCACCAGGAAGUCCCCCUGCGGAGAAGACAAAUAGUCAGCUGAUCAGUUGAUCUGGAAGUGGAGUCCUAGCGGUGUUUAAUCCGCACGCUCCUGCUACCUCGCCUCCUUCAUUGCAACGCCGAGGCCUGCAACACAACCCUCGCUGCGUCCUGUGUGACCAGGAGCCGGAGACAAUGCAUCAUCUGCUCAUCACCUUCCCCUUCUGGAGGCAAGUUUGGCACGAGAUACUGUCCUGGCUACGACUGAAGCACAGGCCACCUGAGGACGACUCAUCGCUCAAUGACUGGUGGUUAACUGCCAAUCAGGCCACGCCGAAGGUCAUGUGCAAAGGUCUUGCCUCUGCAACCCUGCUGACUGCCAACAUUGUAAUGCCUGCAUCUUCAAAAACGAGCAACCGUCUGUUACCAGGCUCCUAGAAAGGAUUAGGCUAGAGGCGGCACUCUGGGCGAAAACCGGAGCUGCUGGUCUAAGAGUAAUAAUCCCAACAACCUGGGACGUCCACUAAAUCUCUGUAACGAAUGAUGUAAUCACCUCCUAGGAGGUUUGUACCCUUCUUCUUUUCGAUGAAAAGAAACACAAA